UCCUCCUCCGCCGCCGCCGCCACCAGCAUGUGCAGCCCGGUGGAGCGGCGCCUGGGCGGCCUGCGGGCUCUGCUGGGGGGCGAGGGGGCGGCGGCGGCGGGGCUGGAGGGGCUGCUCGACCUCCUCAUCUGCGUCCACCAGGAAUGCAGCGCUGCCCCCCUGCGCCGGGAGCGGCCCGUGCAGCAGUUCCUGGAGUGGGCCUCCCCGUUGGUUUCCCGGGUAAAACAGCUGAGUUUGCGUCGUGACGACUUCGAGAUCCUGAAGGUGAUCGGGAGAGGAGCCUUUGGGGAGGUGGCCGUCGUGCGAAUGAAGCAGACGGAGAAAAUCUACGCCAUGAAGAUCCUGCACAAGUGGGAAAUGCUGAAGAGAACCGAGACGGCUUGUUUUCGAGAGGAACGGGACGUCCUCGUGCAUGGGGAUCAGCAGUGGAUUACCACGUUGCAUUACGCCUUCCAGGACGAGCACUACCUGUACCUGGUGAUGGAUUAUUACGCCGGAGGAGACCUACUCACCCUGCUGAGCAAGUUUGAGGAUCGGCUGCCGGAAGACUUGGCCUGCUUCUACCUGGCCGAGAUGGUCCUGGCCAUCCAUUCCCUCCAUCAGCUCCAGUAUGUGCACAGGGACAUCAAGCCGGACAAUAUUCUGAUUGACACCAGUGGGCACAUCCGCCUGGCGGACUUUGGGUCCUGCCUUCGCCUGGCUCCGGACGGCACGGUGGAGUCCUCGGUGGCGGUGGGCACCCCCGAUUAUAUCUCCCCAGAGAUUCUGCAAGCCAUGGAGGACCGAAAGGGCAAAUACGGCCCCGAGUGUGACUGGUGGUCUCUGGGGGUCUGCAUGUACGAGCUGCUUUUCGGGGAAACCCCUUUCUACGCCGAAUCCCUGGUGGAGACGUACGGCAAGAUCAUGAACCACGAGGACCACCUGCAGUUCCCCACGGAUAUCACCGACGUCUCGGAGAGCGCCAAGGACCUGAUCCGCGAACUCUUGUGCCGCCAAGAAGUCCGUCUGGGCCAGAAGGGCAUCGAGGACUUCACGCGCCACCCCUUCUUCGAGGGCAUCGCCUGGGAGGACCUCCGCAAGAGUCCUCCCCCCUUGGUCCCCGAGGUGGCCAGUCCGGCCGACACCUCCAACUUCGAUGUCGACGACGACACCCUCAAAGAAGCGGAGACGCUCCCGCCGAUCUCCCACGCCUCAUUCUCGGCCCACCACCUCCCCUUCGUCGGAUUCACCUACACCUCCGGGAUACCCUUCCCCGAGAGACCUCCGGUGUCCCCCCCUACCAGCUCCAGCAUCAGCCGGCUCGAGAAAAGGAUCCGUCAGCUGGAACGGGAGAAACUGGAAUUGAGUCGGAAACUGCAAGAUUCUCUGGCGAGAUCCCCUUCCAAGACCUCGGCCAAGGACGCGGAGAUCCGAAGUCUCCAAAAUGAGGUGGCUACUUUGAAGAGGCAAUUGACAGAAAAUCAGCUGGAGAAUGACAAGAUGCAGAAACAGUAUCACAAUCGCAUGGCACUGGGUCAGGUGAAGGCGUUGGAGGACCGGGUGAUGUUUCUGGAGCAGGAGAACAAGGAUGCGCUCCAGGGUCAGACUGAGUUGCAGGAGCAGCUACAGGCUCAGGCUUGGGAGCUGCAAGAGGAGCAGGAGCGCCAUCAGGAGACGGCAGAAGAACUGCAGAGUGCCGAGGCCAAGUGUGGGGAGCUGCAGGCCCAGUUGCUGCGGCACUCACGCCUGCUGCGGGAACGACUGGAGGAGACGGAAGCUGCUGCUCGACGGGUGGAAGGGCUACGCAAGGAGCUGGCCCGUACUGAGAGUGGACGCAAGGAGCUGGAGCUCCGGAUCGAAAACCUGGUGGGUGAGGUGACCAAGCAGCGAAAGGGACGGGAGAGAGCGGAGCAGCAAAUGCGGAAAUUGAAAGACGAGCUGGAGGAGUUGCGGGCAAAGCCAAGCACGGCCAUCUUCAAGCGGUCCAGUUCCAGGAGACGUCCGGAGCCGUGCGGAGCGUGGAAGGAGGAGCUGCAAGCCAAGGGACGGCAGGUUGAGGCUCUGACGGAGGAGGUGGCCCAACUGCAGGAGCAGCUGGAGAAAACCAGGAGGCAGCGGUGCGAAAAUAUGGAGCCGAACAGAGGAGGCCAAGCGGCCAUGAGCAACAGCUGCAGCCCCCGGCCUUCUGGUGACCAGGUGGAUUCUCGGGGUAACGAGUCCUUGCACCCAGGACCAGGGAGCUGCACGUCCGAAUUCCACAAAGCUGCCUUCACCAACUGGGAGGUUCAGAUCGCCGACAUUUUGAAGUGGGUGAGCGAUGAGAAAGAGUCCAGGGGGUACCUGCAGGCCAUGGCGACUCGCAUGGUGGACGAGAUGGAAGCCCUGAAGCAGGCAGGGGCACAGAGCCCCGUGCCUAAGACCCCGGCGACACCCCACGAGGCCAACUCCAUCAUUUUUCCCACCACCCCAAAAGCCCCUUCGUGGGCCAAGCGUGGCCAGUGCCCGGACGCGCUCUGGAAAGCCCGGCGGCUGCAGAAGGUGGAGGCCUCGGCCAAGCUGGAGCUCCAGUCGGCCUUGGAGGCCGAGAUCUGGGCCAAGCAAAGUGUCCAGACGGAGCUGGAGAGGCUGAAGGUGGCCCACCUGGGGCUGGAACGACAGUUGCAGGAAGCGGAGCAGCAGAACCGGACUUUGCGCCAGGACCUGGAGAAGACCAAAGGGGAGCUGAAGGCCCGCUCUCUGGAAGGUAUCAAGUCCCAAACCCCACUGAUUUCUUUCUUCUUCCGAAGCACCAGCAAGGACGCCAUCGCUUUUGGGAACAGCCCCGACUCUCAGGAGGCGCGGAGAUCGUCCGAGGAGGUUCAGCUGCACCCUGAAGGCAGGAGAAGCCUCCGGUCCAAUGCUGGAGCCCCCCUUGCCGAGAGUGGCUAUUCUGCACCCCUCAAGCCCAAAACCCACAGCUUCAAAACCCACAGCUUCUCGGCCCCCACCAAGUGCAUGCGCUGUACCUCGCUGAUGGUUGGACUGGUUCGGCAAGGCCUGGCUUGUGAGGCCUGCAACUUUGUCUGCCACGUUUCCUGUGCUGCUGGAGCCUCCAUCUGCCCCAUGCCUCCGGAUCAGUUCAGAAAAACCCUGGGGGUGAAUCCGGUAAACGGAACCGGCACCGCCUUUGAGGGGUAUUUGUCGGUGCCCAAGCCCUCUGGGGUAAGGAAAGGUUGGCAGAAGGCCUUCGUGGUCAUCAGCGACUUCAAGAUUUUCCUCUUCGAUGCCUCAGAAGGGAAGAUCUCUCAAGGUGUCAUGCAUGUCACAGAUAUGCGGGAUGAGCAGUUUUCCGUGGCUCCUGUCCUGGCCUCCGAUGUCAUCCACGCCAGCAAUAAAGACGUGCCUUGUAUCUUUCGGGUGACGUCCACUCAACUCUCCUGCCCUCCCACCACCAGCUCCAUGCUCUUCCUGGCCGACAGCGAGGCGGAGAUGCGGAGGUGGACACAGGUGCUGAGCGAGCUGCAGCAGCUGCUGCGACAGAACCGGCACUCCGACCGGGCAGUCUACGUGCUGAAGGAGGCCUACGACAACGGGCUGCCCUUCAUCCCGCACACCCUCUCGGCCGCAAUCAUAGACCGGGAACGGCUCACCCUGGGUACGGAUUACGGACUUUUCCUCGUUAAUCUCAGGACAAAUGAUGUGCUGCGGGUGGGCGACUGCCGGCGGGUGCAACUGCUGCUGGUUUCCCCUGAAGUUCAGCUGCUCUCCGUGCUCUGCGGCAAGAACCACGGACUCCGCAUCUUCUCGUGGGCGGAGCUGGAGACUCCCGAAGCGCCAGGAACCAAGGUGGUGGAGGCCAAAGGCUGCCAGGCGGUGGCCGUGGGGCUGAUCUGCCGUGGCACGACCCCCGUGCUCUGCGUGGCCUGCAAACGCCAGGUCCUGUGCUUCCAGCUGACCGCCACGCACCCGCCCCACCGUCGUAUCAAGGAGAUCCAAGCGCCGGGAUACGUCCAGUGCCUGGAUGUUUUGGGGGACCGGCUCUGCGUGGGCUAUCCGUCCGGCUUCUCCCUCUACCCUCUGCUCAACGAAGGGUCCCCGGUCAGUCUGCCCCACGCGGACAAUGUCCGGGCAACCACCGUGGCCCAGAUGGAAGCGUUAAAAGCCGUGGAGGUCAGCCUGAGCGAAUUCAUCUUGUGCUUCAGCAGUUUUGGACUCUACGUGGACAUGCACGGCCACCGCAGCCGUGCCCAGGAGCUGAUGUGGCCGGCCGCUCCUCUCAGCUGCUGCUACAAUGCUCCUUAUUUGUCAGUAUUCAGCGAAAACAGCCUAGAUAUCUUUGAUGUCCGAAGGGCCGAGUGGAUUCAGACCAUCUGUUUGAAAAAGGUGCGUGCACUGAAUCCCGAAGGCUCGUUGUGCACCUUUGGCAGCGAAAAAGUCCGGCUGACCUACCUCAGGAACAAAGGCGCAGACCAGGAUGAGUUCGAAAUCCCCCAGACCACUGAUAACAGCCGGCGGUACCUCAUGAGGACUAGACACAAGCGGUGCUUCUCUUUCCGGAUCUCCGAGGAGGAGCGGCAACAUCAGAGGAGAGAGAUGAUGCAUAACCCCAGUCUCCGCGCCAGGCUCAUCUCUUCCCCGAGUAACUUCAAUCACCUGGUCCACGUCGGACCGAGCGAAAAGCAGCAUCAACUACAGGAUCUACACUUGGCGCAGGAAGAGAAGAGGCGGGAGGCCGAUGUCCGAAUGCGCUGCAGUAGCCUCUCCGAGAUGCGGCGGCCAUCGCCUGAGGGCCACAACGGGACCCCUUUGGGGUCUGUUUCCUCACGUCUCGGAUUCCAGUCUUCCGUCCAGCCCAAGGAGCACCAGCACCACAUGACAGGAGGGCCCCGGGGGUGCCGGUGCCCAGCCUCACCACAUGCGAAACAAGUACGCCGGUGCCAGUUUGCAACAGAACAUCCAGCUCGUUUGAUGCGCCUGCUUGUUGCUAUCUAG